AUGAGCACGGCGGCCGUCCCGGAUAGGUUCCCGAGUCGAGGAACGGCCGCAGAACUGGAGACGUGGCUCACCGAACGGGGGGUCUCAGUGGACCAGUGGGGCACGGGGGGCUACAAGUCAGUAGCACGACUGGCCGACGAAGUGACGAAGGGCGAGUCACGGCUCGAGGUGAAGGACGGCGUGGUGUCCAGGCUGGUGGAGGUGCUCACGCUCGCAGUGUGGCCGCCAGAAGACCCGGGGCUGCUGCUUUACGAGGUGCGGCAGAUCCUCCCCGACGGCCGCAUCCGCGAGCGCAACGUGGUCUUGUCCGAGAAGCUCGUCGUGGGCGAGUUCUGGCAGCACGCCGUCCAGCGGGCGAUCGAGGAGGAGCUGGGGCCCGCCAUCAACGGGUGGCUCGAGGUGGACCUGGACGAGAGCAGCUACUCGCGGACGGAGACUGUGGAGGACGCGCGGAGCUACCCCGGCGUGCGGUGCACCUACAUUGUGCACAGGGCGCGGUGCAUGGUGGGCGGGCUGCCGGCGGAGACGUUCGACACGGUGGAGUCGCGGCCGGAGGAGGGCGGGACGCUGACGACGGUGUGGGAGUGGCGGCGCGUGCAGCACCUCAACGGGGCGGGCCCGGUGCAGAUACCGUGA